UGAAUGGUGCGCUUCCAGGCGUCGGCCAAGCAGGAUCCGGAGGCGGGCGGCUCGCACUGCCGGGCUCUGCUCCUCCGCGUUUCCCGAGGCUCUACAAUCACCGCGGGCUCCAGACCCUGCGUCCCGCCCGGGGCAUGGCAGGCUGCUGUGCCCUCGCGUGUCGUCCCGCUUACUAAGCGGCGCGGGCCAGAGGUGCAGAGGCCAAGAGGCCGGGAGGCCGGCGGGCAGCGAAGCCCAGAGCCUGCUGAACCGAGAGCCAAGCCCGCUAGCGCCUGGAGCUCCGCGUCCCGUCUCUGCUGCGCUCGCCCGGGCCGCCCGGAGCCCCGAUGAUCCCAGAUGGCUGGGGCUCAGCCCGGAGUGCACGCCUUGCAACUCAAGCCCGUGUGCGUGUCCGACAGCCUCAAGAAGGGCACCAAAUUCGUCAAGUGGGAUGAUGACUCUACUAUUGUUACUCCAAUUAUUUUGAGGACUGAUCCUCAGGGAUUUUUCUUUUACUGGACGGAUCAGAAUAAGGAGACGGAGCUGUUAGAUCUCAGCCUUGUCAAGGAUGCCAGGUGUGGGAAGCACGCCAAAGCUCCCAAGGACCCCAAGUUACGUGAACUUCUGGAUGUUGGGAACAUCGGACACUUGGAACAGCGCAUGAUAACUGUGGUGUAUGGGCCAGACCUGGUGAACAUCUCCCACUUAAAUCUUGUGGCUUUUCAAGAGGAAGUGGCCAAGGAAUGGACAAAUGAGGUUUUCAGCUUGGCAACAAACCUGCUGGCUCAGAACAUGUCCAGGGAUGCGUUUCUGGAGAAAGCAUAUACUAAGCUCAAGCUUCAGGUCACCCCAGAAGGCCGCAUUCCUCUCAAAAACAUCUAUCGGUUGUUUUCAGCGGAUCGGAAGCGAGUUGAAACUGCACUAGAGGCUUGUAGUCUUCCAUCUUCAAGGAAUGAUUCCAUCCCUCAAGAGGACUUCACCCCAGAUGUAUACAGAGUUUUCCUGAACAAUCUUUGUCCCCGACCUGAAAUUGAUAACAUCUUUUCUGAAUUUGGUGCCAAAAGCAAACCGUACCUUACUGUUGAUCAGAUGAUGGAUUUUAUCAACCUUAAGCAGAGAGAUCCCCGGCUAAAUGAAAUACUUUACCCACCUCUGAAGCAAGAGCAGGUCCAAGUACUGAUUGAGAAGUAUGAGCCCAACAGCAGCCUCGCCAAGAAAGGGCAAAUGUCAGUGGAUGGAUUCAUGCGCUACCUGAGCGGAGAAGAAAAUGGAGUCGUUUCACCUGAGAAACUGGAUUUGAAUGAAGAUAUGUCUCAGCCCCUAUCUCACUAUUUCAUCAAUUCCUCACACAACACCUACCUCACAGCUGGCCAGUUGGCUGGGAACUCGUCUGUAGAGAUGUAUCGCCAGGUGCUUCUGUCUGGAUGUCGCUGUGUGGAGCUGGACUGCUGGAAGGGAAGGACCGCGGAGGAAGAGCCUGUCAUCACCCAUGGAUUCACCAUGACAACAGAAAUAUCCUUCAAGGAAGUCAUAGAAGCCAUCGCAGAGUGUGCGUUCAAGACUUCUCCUUUUCCCAUCCUUCUUUCCUUUGAGAACCACGUGGAUUCCCCGAAGCAACAAGCCAAGAUGGCCGAGUAUUGCCGAUUAAUCUUUGGUGAUGCCCUCCUUAUGGAGCCACUGGAAAAAUAUCCACUGGAAUCUGGGGUACCUCUUCCGAGCCCUAUGGAUUUAAUGUAUAAAAUCUUGGUGAAAAACAAGAAGAAGUCUCACAAGUCGUCAGAGGGAAGCGGUAAAAAGAAGCUUUCUGAGCAAGCUUCCAACACCUACAGCGACUCCUCCAGCGUGUUUGAGCCUUCGUCUCCAGGAGCUGGGGAAGCAGAUACGGAGAGUGAGGAUGAUGACGACGAUGAUGACUGUAAGAAGUCUUCCAUGGAUGAGGGGACUGCAGGCAGCGAGGCCAUGGCCACCGAAGAGAUGUCUAACCUGGUGAACUAUAUUCAGCCUGUCAAGUUUGAGUCCUUUGAAAUUUCAAAAAAAAGAAAUAAAAGCUUUGAAAUGUCUUCCUUCGUGGAAACCAAAGGACUUGAACAACUUACAAAGUCUCCAGUGGAAUUUGUAGAAUACAACAAGAUGCAACUUAGUAGAAUAUAUCCCAAAGGAACCCGUGUGGAUUCCUCCAACUACAUGCCUCAGCUCUUCUGGAAUGCUGGAUGUCAGAUGGUGGCACUCAACUUCCAGACAGUGGAUCUAGCUAUGCAGAUAAACAUGGGCAUGUACGAGUAUAACGGGAAGAGUGGCUACAGGCUGAAGCCAGAGUUCAUGAGGAGGCCGGACAAGCAUUUUGAUCCAUUUACUGAAGGAAUCGUAGAUGGGAUAGUGGCCAACACUUUAUCUGUUAAGAUUAUUUCAGGUCAGUUUCUCUCUGAUAAGAAAGUUGGGACUUACGUGGAAGUGGAUAUGUUUGGUUUGCCUGUGGAUACAAGGAGGAAGGCAUUUAAAACCAAGACAUCCCAAGGAAAUGCUGUAAACCCUGUCUGGGAGGAAGAACCUAUUGUAUUCAAAAAGGUAGUUCUGCCUUCUCUGGCCUGUCUGAGGAUAGCAGCAUAUGAGGAAGGAGGCAAAUUUAUUGGCCACCGGAUCUUGCCUGUGCAAGCUAUUCGGCCAGGCUAUCACUACAUCUGUCUGCGGAAUGAGAGGAACCAGCCCCUGAUGCUGCCAGCUGUCUUUGUCUACAUAGAAGUCAAAGACUAUGUGCCAGACACGUAUGCAGAUGUGAUCGAAGCUCUAUCCAACCCAAUCCGAUAUGUCAAUCUGAUGGAACAGAGAGCUAAGCAGCUGGCUGCAUUGACAUUGGAGGAUGAAGAGGAAGUAAAGAAGGAGGCUGACCCUGGAGAAACAUCAUCUGAGGCUCCAAGCGAAACCAGGACAACACCAGCAGAGAAUGGAGUGAACCACACCGCAUCCCUUGCACCCAAGCCACCUUCCCAGGCCCCACACAGCCAGCCCGCUCCAGGGUCUGUGAAGGCACCUGCCAAAACAGAAGACCUGAUUCAGAGCGUGUUAACAGAGGUAGAGGCGCAGACCAUCGAAGAGCUCAAGCAGCAGAAAUCGUUUGUGAAACUUCAAAAGAAGCACUACAAAGAAAUGAAAGACCUGGUCAAGAGACACCACAAGAAAACCACCGAGCUCAUCAAGGAGCACACGACCAAGUACAAUGAGAUUCAGAAUGACUACUUGAGAAGGAGGGCAGCCUUGGAAAAGUCCGCCAAAAAGGACAGCAAGAAGAAAUCGGAACCCAGCAGCCCUGACCACGGCUCUUCCGCUAUUGAGCAAGACCUCGCUGCCCUGGAUGCAGAAAUGACUCAGAAGUUGAUAGACUUGAAAGACAAACAACAACAGCAGCUGCUUAAUCUUCGGCAAGAACAGUAUUACAGUGAGAAGUACCAGAAGCGAGAACACAUUAAACUGCUUAUCCAGAAGUUGACAGAUGUUGCCGAAGAGUGCCAGAACAAUCAGUUAAAGAAGCUGAAGGAAAUCUGUGAGAAAGAGAAGAAGGAAUUAAAGAAGAAAAUGGAUAAGAAGAGGCAGGAGAAGAUAACAGAAGCCAAGUCUAAAGACAAAAGCCAGAUGGAAGAGGAGAAGACAGAGAUGAUCCGAUCAUACAUCCAGGAGGUGGUGCAGUACAUCAAGAGGUUAGAGGAAGCACAAAGUAAAAGACAAGAAAAACUUGUGGAGAAACACAAGGAGAUCCGCCAGCAGAUCCUCGAUGAGAAACCCAAGCUGCAGAUGGAGCUGGAGCAAGAAUACCAAGACAAGUUCAAAAGACUGCCCCUGGAGAUUCUGGAGUUUGUACAAGAAGCCAUGAAAGGGAAGAUCAGUGAGGACAGCAAUCACGCCUCUGCCCCUCCCUCCCUGGCCACAGACACUGCGAAGGUGAACCUCAAGUCUCCCUCCACUGAGGAGGUAGAAGGAGAGAACCCAGGAAGAGAGUUUGAUACUCCUCUGUGAUGUCCCUGCCAGGCCUUCCAGAUCUGCACGGCUGCUUGAACUCCAUCAGACUCUAAUGACAAAGAUCACUGCCCAGGCCAUCUUCCUAAGAAACAUCCCUUAGCCUGAAAUCCACACCAAAGGGAGAGUUCCAGAAGGAUCCGUGUGAAGGUCCCGUACCCCGGUCCCAUGUGUCAUGUGGAAACUAUUGCCAGUCUUAGAGAGAAGGGUGCAUGUAUGCAGGAUUUUUUCUUUUAGUUCCAAUAGUAAAUUAAAAGCAGGCAGCUCCCAGGCUCCAUGGAAUAUAUAACAAAGGACAAUGUCUUCUUUGAAGGAAACUAGAGCUCAUGUCUUCAUUUGAAGCCCUGCUGUACAGUAUUUCAAAGUAAAAGAAGUAGUUUGAGAAGUGCAUAGCACCAUUUAACACUAUGAGCAUUCCGCCUUCAGCGUCGGUUCCCUAACUGCCCCGCAAUCCCAUGUUGUCAAAUUAACUUGUAUAGUGAAUUGUUUCAUUCUUUGCUUUGCAGGCACUGGUGGCUUGCCGUUUGCUAAUUUAUUUAUCACAGAGGCAUCUGUAUUUGCUAUUGACAUGGCUUUAUUAGAUACCAUAGUGACUCAUAUAAGCUGGUUUCUUUUAUAAAAUAAAAAAAAAAAUCACAUGAUUGUAUCAUUUCCCAGUGAAGCCAUUUCACGAUUAGCAAUAUUUGGCUGCAUGCCUUUGGGUAUCUAUCCGUUGUUGGACUGAAGCUGUCAACACAACUACAACAGGUCUGCUCUGUUGAGUCAGGAUUUCAGCCAGACUGAACAGGAUCCAGUGGGCUAUUUUAUUGUCGGAUAUUUUUUGUGGUUCAUUUAUUUUUACUGUAGAAAGGAAGAUAGAAUAUUUAUCUAAAUGCACAUGUAUAAAUGAUACACAUUAUCUCCAUGUAUAUAGUACAUGUAUGCAGCCAGCCAUAUAAAUGCACACACAUACAUACGCAUGAGUGUAAAUGUGUGUUUAUUAAUUGGCAGUGACCCAAAUCUCUUCCAUAAGAUUUCAAAGCAAGUUCAGGGAUACAUGGAUAGAGAAAUAGUGGGUCUAAUAUAUGUUAUAUGGAUAAUUAAAUUAUAUGAAACGCUAAGAAUCAGUUUAUGGAGUCAUUGAUGCAACUUGAGGUAGUCUUAGAAUUUAGAAAAUGAAUUUACUAAAAAUUUUGGAGGAUCAAAAAUUGGAUUUUAAGUAUCAGACUUUGAGCUUGUUUUAAUGGUCAGAAUAUGCAAAAAUGCAUAGGAAAUAGAGUGCAAAUGUAUUACUACUAUCUUCAAUAAAUUUUAACUGAGUCAUUUCCAUUUUAUUCUGAUAGUAAUAAAGCUCUGGUUAUAUUUUA